AUAGUCAUUUGGUGAAACGUCAUGGGCAAUAGUGUAAAUACGAAGAGUGUCUAGACCAAUCAAAAUUAUUCCUAGUUGAUUUUGUAACGAGCGUUGGCGAACACGGAGAUUACGCCCUAAAAAAAUGGCAGCAAUGAAGCUCAUGUCCUCUUCUCUGUUACCUAAUGUUUCGUUGGGUUUGCGUUGUGGUGAAACCAAUCGGUUAAUGCAUCCUUACAAUCUACACACCCAGAUAGCAAAAGAAGCUAGUAAGAAGCAUAAGGGUUUUCGACUCAAGGCUGGAUUUUGGGAUUCCAUUAAAUCUGGGUUUCUAAAAAAUAGUACUACGCAAGUUGUGGAACCUCCCUCCACACUUGAAGAAGAGGAAGAACCUUUGCCUGAAGAAUUUGUUCUUGUUGAAAAGACUGGACCAGAUGGUGCAAUUGAACAGAUCAUAUUUUCUUCUGGUGGAGAAAUUGAUAUUUAUGAUCUCCAAACUUUAUGUGAUAAGGUAGGCUGGCCUCGGAGGCCUCUGUCUAAAUUGGCUGCUGCUUUAAAAAAUAGCUAUAUGGUAGCUACUUUGCAUUCUGUUCGAAAGUUACCAGGAUCAGAGGGAAAUGAUCAAAAGAUGCUAAUUGGAAUGGCUCGCGCCACAUCCGAUCAUGCCUUUAAUGCGACAAUCUGGGAUGUCCUUGUUGAUCCAUCUUACCAGGGUCAGGGCCUCGGUAAGGCUCUUGUUGAAAAGAUAAUAAGGGCACUUCUGCAGAGAGACAUAGGCAAUAUUACACUCUUCGCAGAUAGCCAAGUUGUGGAAUUUUAUCGGAACCUUGGUUUUGAACCUGAUCCAGAGGGCAUUAAGGGUAUGUUCUGGUACCCUAAGUAUUGAUUUUUGGCUUAAACAGGGUAACAAGGUGCUUUUGUUUUAGCAGAGCUCGUUCAGCAAGCUCAGCCACUUCAAAUUCAAUAUUUUUGUAAAUCCGUCAUUUAUGCAUUUGUUUUGACAUCUAAUGAAUUUUUUCUGAACUAUUAUGUGAUUUAUAUGCCAUUGACUUGCAAAAAUGUAUGAUUGUGAAGUGGAUCUGUUUACCCUGUAUAUUGUCAAUGUCUAUAUAUGGCUUUAAAUAGGAUUUUGUUUC